CCUCAAAUCUCGGUAGGAAGGAAGAAGAAGAGAGCAACACACAUCGAGUUCGCUACUACUUCGCUACAGUCUCCUUCAUCACUAGUGUAGCGGUCGGUCGUCCGUCCGUCCGUCGCCAGUCGUCGCAUAGUCAAAAAGAUUCCAGUUUUCUUCUUUUUCGACCCGUCGCCGUCGUCGUCCGUUCCGUCCGUCCGUGUUCGACGUCCAUCAACAUUGCUGGUCGCCUUUUUUUCUUCUGUUCGACGACGAAAAAAAUGUACACGGUUCCGCCUGAAAACCGUGUGUAAAAUCAUCCAGCAUCAAAGGGAACUGUCGAUUCCUCCGCGCGGAGUCGUCGGGGAUCGCGGAAUAUAGUGAUGGCGAUUUGACGGUCGCGUACGCGAGUUCCGAAAAUUCAAUCGCGGAUAUAUUUCGGCUGGUGGAAUUUGUGAGGUGUGAAAUAAUAACACAUCGGGGGAGGCUGUGCCUAUUGUGAGUGUGAAUUUCAAGUUUAACAAAUGGAAGUGUAGUUCCGGACUUAAUGGGCGACGAAAACGAUGUGAAGCUAGCAAAGCGAAAGGUUUCGGCGGAGAGUCCUUCACGGAAAAAAGAUAGCCGGAGUUGGUGGUGGAUGCUGCUCUACGGUUCGGUAGAAGAAGCGUUACAGCAAUAACACGGUGAAGAUCGCCCGCUGAAGAUACCGACACACGGAAAAAGUAUCGAUGAAGAAGAAGAAAUGGUGCUACUAUAGUGUUAGUGUAUAGAAAAGAUAUAAAUUUUGCAUCAGGAAGAUUCAGAAGUGAUAAGAAUGUGUGAAUGCUUGAAUACAACUGGUGAUCACAAUUGGUCUUAUGGAUUUUACGAAAAGUUAAUGCACCGGAACUUACAAGCGCUAAAUUAAGAUAAACAACUUACUUACCGCAAAUCAUUAGUUGCGCUUUCCCGGAACACACACGACGUCGGCCAGGGGAUUCAAAAGGAGCACCAGGUUUCCUCCAAAGAAACCGCAAACGUGAACCGUCCAAUCGAUCAUACCAGACGGACCGAAGUCGAAGUGUGUUCCCAAUCCCGCAGACUUUCGGCGCGUGAUAAUCAAAUUGUCUGUCGAAGCAGAAAAAAAAACACAAACAUUAAAAAAUAAGCCUAUAAUUGCCUGCUAUUGAAUCCACACGUCUUCCGAACAAACACACGCACGCACGUUAGCUACAAUUUGCGUUUGUUAUAUGAGGUGACCAGCGAAACCGCAAGUUUUUCCUCGAUGAGUCAGUAUUCUUCACACAAAUUUGAUGACGUUACCUGCAGCGGACCCAGACCACCAGUGCCAGGAGAGGAAAGCCGGCGGAAGAUGACCGACACCCUGCAUCGGGACAAAUCGCGCGAUUCUCCGCCGGCCUACUACCGGUGGGCGGACAAGCUCACCAACCUGCUCGAGGAUGCCGACGGAGCCGAACUGUUCAAGCGGUUCGUCGAACUCGAGGGCGAAGAGCACUCGAGCCGGCUCAAGUUCUACUUCGCUUGCGAGGGCCUGAAGCAGCUCAGCGACCCGGAAAAGGUAACACAAACGAUCGGUGCAAUAUAUCGGCGGUUCCUGAAGCGGGUACCUCGGGAAUCGAAACUGUACUGCAACGAACAGAUUCGGAACCUCAUCAAGGCCGGACUGAAGAACGAGAAGGUCCUCACGCCGGACAUUUUCGACCAGAUGCAGGCGGACGUGGCCGCUAUCAUUAGCACCACGACGUACCCGAACUUUCUCCAGUCGGAUCUGUACAUACAGUAUGUGCAGAAUAUGCAAUUUGGCGGCAGCGGUGGCAGUGGAAGCGGCGGUGCCAGCUGUAUUAGUCUUCCCGCCGGCAUUCCAGCAGCCGGACCCAGCUCCGUGACGGUUGCACCCGGUGCUCUGUCGUCGCUGACGAGCAGCAGCUCCACGUCGGAGCUGAUAUCGCACAGUUCCUCCGCCUUGCCAACCCUGCACGAAGAUUCCGAACUACUAGUCAAUGCCGAUUCGAUCGAGCAGCUGUACGGUGCUACGGGGCCCGUUGUAGCAGCCAGUAACAUUUCCUUCACGUCCGGAGUGAGCGGGAGUGGUAGUAGCAGUGGCAGCAACCUGGUGCCCGGUGGCAAACCGGCCAUGACCCUGACCAAGGAUGCGCUGAUAGCGACGCAGAAGCGGAGGCUCGAGAUGAGGCCGCCAGGACCGCACGGAUUCUCCGUUUACACCAACUAUGCAUCCUACAAUCCGGUCUCGCGCCGAGAUUCGGAACUGGCCAGUCUCAGCUCGGGACGGACCGAUUCCGAUAAGGUGUCCCUCCCGACUAGCACAUCCGCUGACGGUCGACCUCACUCGCAGAGUAAACAUCACUAUCGUCACCACACAUCGAUCGAGCGAAGACUGAUGAACGAAAAUGCCAUUGCCAACGAGGAACCGGAUGCGUUUGCUAUCAUCCCUCGAACCCACAGGCAGUUUCAGAAACCCUUACCUCCGGACCAAUUUGUGUCUGUUCUCACCAACAAGCUGAAGAUGGUUCAGCAGGAACGAGAAAACAAAGAACUGCUCAGUAAAAAGCUUCAAGAGAUUGAACAGUCCGACAAAUCGCAAAGCAAUAAAUUCUUCGCCGAUGCCAUCCGACAGAAGCUCCAGGUGGAGGACGACAGCGAUCAGGACAUCCUCGAUAAGCACGUCUCGAGGGUAUGGUCAGACCUGACGCCCAGUCGAUCGCCCGGCACGAUGUCCCCGUGUCCGAACAUCAGUCGGGCCCGGCGGCACGAGGUGGGCGGUUUUGGUGGUUCAAUGAGCGCACAAUCUUCGAUGCGACACUCGAAGUCCAUGCCCGAGGGGCACCCGAUGGGUAUCAUGGGACCUCCGGCGCAACCUCGAAGACUCAACAACAAGUGGCCUUCAGUGUACACGGACAGCGGGAUCAGUUUACUCUCCACCGACACGCUCACCAAGUCCAGCAACAUGGACAUGCAGAGUGCUAGCACGAGCAGUUCCCGACCUCUGUCGCGAACCAUGCAUGCCGAUAUGACCCUUGCGAAUACUGCCACCCUGCUGCAAGAAUCCAGUCGAAGCGACGAUUCGCGGAGAUCCAAGCGGUAUCCGCUGCCACCGCCACCGUUGCCACCACCUGCCGCUUCCGUUCCCCUCGUGCCACCACCCAUACCUGCCAAACCGGCUAGUUCCAGUGCCCCGUCCGAGUUCACCGUGGUGGUGUACUCGUUCUGCGACGAGGAGGUACCCUACCGGAUAAAGAUCCCCGGAUCGCAACCGCCGACGCUCAAACAGUUCAAAGACUACCUUCCGAAGAAAGGCAACUACCGAUUUUUCUUCAAAACCCGAUGCGAUGAUCUGGACAGCCCGGUGAUCCAAGAGGAGAUCAACAGUGACAGUGAAAUGUUGCCCCUGUUCGAGGGCAAAGUGAUGGGAACGGUGAAACCGCUAGACUGAAUCCUGAGAUGCGUUAGGACGAAUCUACCCUUCAUACCUCCUCAAGGGGGAAUCAACGCGUAGGUAAGGUGCUGAACAGGAAACAAACAAAAAAACACCUGGCACAAUUCUGAAAGUUUCGUAUCGUCGAAACUUCCGUUGAAUGCAAAUUUGUUUCCACAAAAUUUCCUACAAUACUGCCAAACCUUGUCGUCUUACAAUAGUGCAGAUUAGCCAGCUGUGACAUUUAAGGUUUUAUGCCGAUUGGAAUGACCUAAAUUUGACUUUAAAACCUCGAUAAAACCAUCGGGUGUCACUCAGCUGGUAUUCAAACGAACUAUAACAAUCUCUUAAUUUUACGUUUAGGAACCCAAAACGCAAUUUCAAAAAAAAGUCUUCUUUCGGCAAUGCCAGUCUUAAAAUUAUCCCUGGAAUUCUUAUUUUUUCAAGUUUCAUCGCCCAUCAGUCAUGAGUGCGUGGUGGCAUCGAAAUUGCAAAUUUGAAAGUGCCUUGCUUUUACAGCACGUGUGAGCACGGCUUAACAUAAACAAACAUAAACAUGGUAAAUCGUGUUUGAAGUAUAACGAAAGUGUUCACAAAUGUAGAGCGAUAAAAAAGGAUAUAAUUGUACAUAAAACUAGAAUUUCUCUCCAAAAGCAUAUUUGUUGCCGACAUCUUAAGCGUGCAGUUGCCAUACGGAAAUAGAUUAGCAACGGAAAUAGCAAUAUGUAGGAGGAACGCAUCGUUUAGCGACAACAAAGUAAAACGCAAAAUGCCGUCGGAGAGAAUUGAAGUCUUGACAGUAUUUUUUUCUGUAAUUUAGCUAUGUUAGUUUUUUCCCUAGGUGCCGAACGAAAAUCGUUUCAGUGUUGUUUUACCCAAGACGAAAGUAAUGUAAACAAUUUUUAUUUAUUUAACCAACCAUUUCUUCCCGAACAAGUAGGAUUAUAAUGGAAAAUACGUCGACAGUUGCUUUGUAAAAUGUAUGUACAGGAAAUAAACUUGCCGCCAGAUGGCAAGAUGUUCGAUAUAUUUUAAUGCUUCCAUAAACCUUUUUCGUUAGUUUCAACUGCAAUUAGAGUCGAAUUGAUAAACUGAAGUUUACAUUUAGUGGCACACUUUUGAAAUUGCUGAUUAGCCAAUACCUAUAAAAAAAACAAUCAAAACCCCAUAGCAGCAAAUGAAAUUCGAUCGCAAUAGGAUACACCCAAUAUAUAUUUAUAUAUUUAAAGCAUGGAAAGCUGUUGAUGUUUCAGCUUAACAAGGAAACAGGAAAAGAACACGAAAAUGAAUGAAACAUUUAUUUAGAGACGUAUAUAUAACGUAUAAAAAUAAAACGAAUCAAAAUUGAAAAUAUAAAAA